AUGGGUUCCUGUCAAAGUCAGGAAGCUCAAGAACAGCUUGCUCGUAAUAAAGCUAUCGAGAAACAGCUCAAUCAGGAUAAACGUGCUGGUUCCUCCAUUGUUAAAUUGCUACUACUAGGAGCAGGAGAAUGCGGGAAAUCGACAGUACUGAAACAAAUGCAAAUUCUUCACAGUAAUGGUUUUACGGAAGAUGAAAUUAACGAGCGCAAGGCAGUGGUUUAUAAUAAUACGGUUACAUCGAUGUGUGCCAUAAUGAAAGCUAUGGAUAACGUUCUCCACAUUCCGCUUGAGGAUCCUGAAAAGGAGACCGAGAAAGCGUUAAUUUUUCGCGUUGUGGAAGUUGGGGAUGAGUCAGAGCCAUUCACGGAUGAAGUGGCCAAAGCACUUGUUUCAUUAUGGAACGACAAAGGUGUAAGAAAAGCUUACGAUAUGCGUAGCGAAUAUCAGCUCAAUGAUUCUGCUAAAUAG